AUGUCAAAGAACAGCUCUGAGGUCGGUCUGGAGACCGUCUCGACUGACAAGUCUGAUUUUGAUAGGCAUCUACAGCUCGACGAGGGCAAGAUGCUCCAGUUCCAACCGGAAAGUCCCCGGAGACCAAUCAACUGGAGCACGAAAAAAAAGCUGGUACACACAGUGCUCUAUGGACUCACCACCUUCGGCGCGCAAUUCAACUCUACAACCAUGUCCUUCGAGUACUGUGUUGACGGUAUACGGAAGGAGUUUGGAGCAUCCCGAGAAGUGGUCCUACUUCUGACUUCUCUGUACAUCCUCGGCAUAGCCUUCGGCCCUAUGGUAUUUGCUCCGCUGUCAGAGAUCUACGGCCGCAAAAUUAGUAUAUUUGCUCCAUUCCUUAUGUCUGCUAUGCUGACAUUUGCAACCGGUAUCUCGUACAGCCUCGGUGCAAUGAUGGUGACCCGGUUCAUGGGUGGCUUUUUUGCUGGAGCACCAAUUGUAGCAUCGGGCGGUGUUCUUGGAGAUAUAUGGUCGCCAGCGCAGAGAGGAGCGGCGUUUGCAUUCUAUGCCUGUUUUGUGAUCAACGGAGCAGCUCUGGGGCCUACUGUCGGGUCCUUAUUAAGCAUGAAAACCAAUUGGAGGAAUCCACAGUGGUUUAUUGGAGGGCUGAGUAUUUGCAUCAUUGCCAUCUGUUGCAUUUUUCUGCAUGAAACAUACGAGCCUGUUCUGCUGGCACGGGAGGCGAAAAAAGAACGCCUGAAGUCAGGAUCAUGGGAAAUACAUUCAAAACUGGAUACUUGGGACCUGAACAUUCGCGAGCUAGUCAAAAUCCACAUGGUGCGGCCGUUUGCUAUUCUGCUCACCCCCAUUGUGUUUUUGAUGGCGCUAUAUGCCAGCUACGUUUACGGGUUAUUUUAUUUGAUCCUCACCAAUGUUUCGGAAGCAUUUUACUUGACCAAGGGGUGGAAAGGAACGACAGGGACAUUACCCUGCAUUUCGCUCCUGCUCGGAGUUCUUUUUGGUUGCGUAGGAAACAUGAUCUGGGCCAAUCGGUACGCCAGUCUGGUGGAAAAGAACAAUGGGGAGCCGCUACCGGAACAGCGGCUUCCAGUGAUGAUGAUCCUGGGAUGGCUAAUGCCCGCUGGAAUAUUUAUUUUCGGGUGGACCUGCUCUCCACACAUCCCGUGGCCCAUUCCUUGCUUGGGCAUUAUGAUGAUGGGCUGUGGCUUCAUAACCACUUUUCAAGGAAGCCUGAAUUAUCUCAUAGACACCUACAGAUGGUACUCUGCAUCUGCCAUAGCGGCGGCCACGUUUCUGCGGUCCAUCUUUGCCGCCUCCUUCCCGCUUUUUGCGAAACAGCUGUUUGUCACCUUGAAUGUCCACUGGGGCGCCAGCUUGAUUGGUUUCAUUGCUUUGGGAAUGAUUCCAAUUCCGUACCUUUUUUUCGUUUUCGGGAAGAGGAUACGAGAGAAAAACGUUUUUGUACCAGAUCUAAAAUAG